AUGACCGGGGGAGAAACCUAUAUUAGGAAAGGUGACGGCAGUGCAGCAAAGGUCGAGGGACCUUCCCUGGGACACUGCGUGAUGCUUCAAGGAGGCCAAGUCGAACACCUAGCCGCUCGAGCCUUCGGAGCAACAGAGCGGAUCACAACCAUAACUUCAUACCGCGCAGCCAUACCUGGUCUCUACGACGAUAGCUAUAUCUCAAAUGUGCGACCAUAUUGCGAUCUCCCCCAACUGUAUACCGAGUGGACGAACUACCGACUCGAGAAAAUGAAACAGGAAAUCGAGCAUAUGCAAAAUACUAUCAUCCAACACAUUAGUCGAGAUCGAGAUAGCUUUCCCUUGGAUGAGGUGUAUCACUUCGCUGAGCAGCAGAUAUCGUACCUUAAGCGUACCGUCCGCCAGAUGGUGGAGCAGACUCUCUGUGCAGACGUCAGGCGACGUUUCGAUGUUCGGGAAACCAACACGGUCGGUGAGAAAUGGGCUCGUAUUCGUGUCCAUCAGCAAUUUAAGGAUCUGCUUCCGGGUGUCAUGGCGCAGACUUUGUUGUGGGGACCUGUUCUUCCGUAUUUGAGGGAUUGGGAGGAGACUAAAUAUAUGAUCAGGAGCGGGAAUGCAUCGUUGGUUUACAGUGAGCAGAGGACAUUCUCGUGGAAUCACAAUCGAUUUGAAGAGUAUCUGUUCGGUGACGAGCUUCUCCGACAAGGUCUCAAGGAGGUUCUGGUAGCUUGGUUGCAUCGCUUUGACUUGCUUAAUCUUGAAAAAGAUAGUUGA